AUGGCCAAUAUUCUACAGCAUCAGAAAUACGUAGCACUCAAGGCUCUAAGGGCUGAUUGUUAUGGUGGCCACCAUGACAUCUUCGAAAGAGAGAUCCUCUCGAAAAUUUUAGAAGUUUCUAGGCACAGCUCUCAUCAAUGCCGCAACUAUGUCUCCCAUCUACUUGAGCAAUUCACGCAUACAGGACCCAAUGGAGAUCACGCUUGCUUAGCGUUCGACGUGCUAGGACAUCACCUAGACUUCCAAAUCGCCAAGUACGAAGAUGGAAAGCUACCUGUGAGGGCUGUGAAAACGAUAGCACGACAGCUCCUUCUCGCGCUUGAUUUCCUACACAGAGAGUGUGGCAUCAUUCAUACGGAUUUGAAGCCAACGAAUAUACUCUUAGAGCUGGAGAAUAAAAGCAGGACUAUUGCCCACUAUCUGUCAGAAGUUCCUGCGCGGACUGACUCUCAACGUGGAGUCACAACACCUCUUCGAGAGGCUAUCCCGACCUCCCUAGUAUCGGAAACAAAAAGUCUCCACGUCAGGUUAAUCGAUUUCGGUGUUGAAAAAGGGAAUCGUGCAGCACACUUCUUUGACAAGCAAGGAAAUCUUCUCCGAAUUCCUGACCUCAGGCCCACCUGCCUUGAACGUCUAGUUAAUGGUACGACAAAACCUUUCCUAAAACCUAUCGAUAUGCCCGAAGCUGAAGUUCCCAUCUUUGUUGAUUUCCUUGAGGGCGUGAUCGAAAUCGACCCAGGCUCCCGCAAGCCUGCGGCUGAGCUGCUACAACACGAAUGGAUUCAUGGACCAGAUGUCAUUGUUCGUUUUGCCACCCUGGGAAGGGCCAUUCUACGCAGGGAGAAAGCCGAAACUGAAGUCGCGGCAAUGAAGUAUAUAAGCCACACCUCUUCUAUACCUGUUCCUGAGGUUUUCGGCUCUAGAAUCUGUUGGGCUAGUCCUUACAUCGUCAUGUCGUUUCUCAAAGGGGUGCCAUUAUCACAGAUCCUCAAAGACCCUUCUACGAAGGAAAGACCUGUGCUAAACCCGCAAAUAAGCGAUUGGAGCUUGAAACGGGCGUAUCAUGAAAUGGCCGCGAUUAUGCUCGAAUUGUCCAAGUAUAGAUUUGACUCUAUCGGCUCGCUUGGGGGAGAUGAGACAGGCUUUUUUAUUGCUAGACGACCUCUCACUUUCAACAUGAAUGAGUUGAUGGCAUCUGCAAAUUUACCGGAAGAAGUGUUCCCCUCGCACACGUUCAGGUCAGCCACAGACUACUUUCAAGCGCUUGCUACACAGCAUUUGUUCCAUCUUCGGCUACAGCAACGAAAUGCUGUCAUCGACGAGGACGACUGCCGGAAGAAAUUCAACGCCCGUUGUUUAUUUCUCAAUAUUGCGAAGAAUCUCUGCGUCGAGUAUCCUGAAGGGCCGUUUCGGCUGUAUUGUGAUGAUUUCCGGCCUUCGAACGUCCUUAUAGAUCUUGACACUCUCCGCGUCUCGGGAGUUAUCGACUGGGAGUUUUAA